AUAAGAGGGUAAUUCCAAACUUUACAAUGGUUCCACCAAAGAAGAUGAGUUUGCAGGAGUUCUUCAACGACGAGUCGUAUGGAGGCUCUUGGGCUGACGAAGAUAUCGACAUGGCUUCCAUUUCUGUCCCCAUCGAGAGACAUUCGCAUUAUAACCAACUGUCGUAUAACGAUCCGUUUGGUUCUCACCAUGGAUCCUCGCGAUCUGGUGGUGUUCCUUACGACAAUGGCCCUCCCUACAUUAUAAAAUUGUUGAAUUUGCCCAUCACAGCUAAUGAUGGCUUUGUAGAGGACUUGCUCCAGAGCAGAUACACCACUUUUGUCAAGUUCAAGAUAGUUGCAGAUCCUUCUUCCAACAUCUUGGAGACUCAUGUAAUCAAGAAGGUAGCAUUUGUAGAGCUCAGCUCGGCUGCAGACUUGCAAAAAGCUUUGAAGUGGCAUGACUUGUACUAUAAGGGAAAUCGUAGGGUAGUUGUAGAGUUGGCAGAUUUCAACGACUUUCAACAUUGUAUUCAGUUUAACACGCAACAUGGUGCGGAGAUUCAGCAGAUACAAGAUGAUUUCAUUGCUAACAAAAACCAACAACUGCAUCCUCGUCAUAUGGCUCUUCUUGACCAGAUCGACACCUUUUCUCCCCAGCAUUCCCACGCAAACGCCUAUCAUCCGCCUGGGACCAGGAAUCCUCCGAGCUUUUCUAGAUCGCCUAUUCGUGGAAGUGCUCAACUUCAUAGUGCUCCGGACAAAUGGAGAAAUCUUCCAGCUUUGGGGGAGUCCAAAACUCCUGCUUUAGCUCCAUCACUGUCUGCUCCUGUAAAACAUAAGGUGAGUCCUUUUGGUGAAGCUAAACCUGUCGAUGUGCUUUCAAAACAGCAAGAGAUCGAAAAGAAGUUGAUAAACCUCAACAACACCACAGUACAGACUUUGGGACCAGAUGGUGAAAUUUCUGAUGUAGAAGAUGUAGUGAGACAGUUCCACGAAAAUGCUUCCCCCAAGUUGAGAAGAAGCUCAUUGGGACGUAGAACUUCCACCACAAGCACUGAUGGAGGAAGAAGGUCUUCUAUAUCCAUCUUGAAACGCCCGCCUAUACCGCACGACGACGUUCAUGAAGCUAGCCCGGAUAUUGCCCCUAAGACGGCCAUUCCAACUCCAGCACAAGCUCCAACUCAUAGUAGUGAAUUGAACAAGGCUGGAACGCCGAAACUCUCUCCUGCUCCAAUACCACCUUCUGCAUAUCCUUCCAAUGGAGUAGGUAAGAGUCUUGCUGAGUUGCUUAGAGAGCCCAAUGACGACCUAGCUUCCAUUUCUAGUGGAGGUCGCAGAACACCUACAACUAAGAAUUCCACACCGAAACCGGCUGUGGUAAAACCGGUAAUACUUAAGAAGAAAGUCACUUCCAGCCCCUUGAUCCCCAAGGUAGAUUUGACGUUAAAAGAGAGCGAGUUCCUAGCACAGGGAGAGAACAAGAAGCAGACUCCCCUUCAACUUCAGGCUGACCAUGCGAAGGAAAUCGAAAUCGAAGAUAAGUUGAAGAAAAUUAAUGAUACUUUAUCGAAGACGAAUUUGGCAGUGGAAAAGAAAGAUGUUGCUGAGAUCGUAACGUCUACUGCAUCUAAUUCUGUAGCCAAAGAAGAACCCGAAGCACAGCAUGAAAUUAAAGCAGAAAAUCUGGUCGAGGAGCGCCCAGAUUUCAAGAAAGAACUCAGUGAUAUAGUCAAGAAGUCACAUGUCAGAGAUCUGCGUAAACAACCUCAUUCUUCGACAUAUCGUGAAGGCCCUCGUUUCCAGCCUAACACCAGUAGGAGGUUCAACAACUCUACCAAUGGUCACCAGAGAAGUUUUGGUGACAGAAACGUGGAAGGCGUAGCUAGUCAUCCUAUAACAGCUUCAACUUCUGGCAAGUUGAAUAAUGCUGAAGACUCUGUUUCUGCUGGGGGCAGAAACUUUCGACAACCUCGUUCACAGAACACUUAUGACAGAUUCAGAUCAAGGUCUCCCACAAAAAACAAAGGCAGAGUAUUAGGAAAUAAGCGAGAAUCAGUUUCGCCUAGCAACGCUGAGAAAAAUGCCGAAAAAUCAACGAUAUCAACAUCUACGUCAACGCCAGCUUCAACUCCAUCUGCUGCAAAUGGCACCAAUGGCAGCCACGGGAAUUCAAAGAAGGAGGAAGUCGUAAACUCGAGUUCUACCGGUUCUGGGGUAACUCCAGAAAUUCAGAAGAGUAGCGAGUCUGUAGAGUCUGCUUCUAGUACUACAGCUACUGCUGGAUCUUCUGCUUCUGCUACAUCAGAGAAUGAUGACACAUCAAGUUCGACUUCUUUUAGAGGAGGUCAUGGACGAGGUAGAGGUAGGGGUCGUGGCAGAGGCACUUCUUCGAGAGGAAGAGGAUCACGAGGGGGACGAGGCGGUGCAAGAGGAAACUUCAAUCUUCAUUACGUUCGUAGCAAACCUUCGGAUGAAUCAUCUGCUAAAGGCAAUGAUGCUUAGUUUCACUUGUAAUGAUGUCAAGAUCCUAUCAUACAGUAGCUUUCUUGGUGAGCAUGUGUAGGUUUAUACUGAUCAUAGAUAGCGUUCACGAUAAAUAAUGUAUUUAUAGCUGAU